CAAGGUUUUUAAAAGUUUAGACCAAUUAUAAAAAUCAUUUUGUUAGUUAGCAAAGAAACUAAAGAUUUUAACAAGAAUUGUUAGUUUCAAUUUACAGGACAUGCCUUAACAUCUUAGAUGGGCCCAUGCUCAUAUGUGACUCUGAGAUGGACUCCUUUGUGGUGAAGCCUCAAAUUUUCAUCUCGAGUCAACUCAAGACAAGAUUUGACACAUUGUUUUUGUACUGUAAAGAUAGUUGAUCAAUCACACAGGAGUUCUGGGAUAUCUGUUAAUGUUUUUGCUGAAAAUAUGGAAAAGCUUCCACAUGUCGAGUCAGCUGGAGAUAUUAUUCAGUUUUCCCAUGUAGUGAUGAAGACUCAUGGUCAGGACGUAAAUGCUGUUUUCAACAAAAAAUUCUCUUCAUUUGCCAUCUUUGAAGGGAAAUAUGGUGAAGAUUUCAGUCCUUAUCAAGUUUCUUCAAAUUUCCGCCCUAGAGACCAGGACAAGAAGUUUGUAAAAGACUUGAGAAAAUGGUUGGCUGAUUCUGAAAUUGAUAAAGGGAUGAAAGAACCCCUGUCGUUGAGAGAGAUCAGGGAAGGAGAACGUGUUGAUUUGUUUUGUAAGAUUCUUCAUAUCUGUGAAGUCACUAAAGAUGAGUGGAUAGUCUUUGUUUGGGAUGGAACUGAUACUCCUCCAGUUAGUGUCCAGACAGUGCUGGAAGAUGAAAUGGACAAUCCACUUCCUUUACAAUUGGAGUCUUUGCCUUUAAGUAGAGAUAUUUUGUGUACAUUUCCUACUGUGGGAACUAUAUUAAGGGUGAUUGUUGAUCAAGGCAGUGAGAAGCUUAGCCUCCACUUACUAAAGGUUGGAAAGUGGGUGAGAUUUCUCAAAAUAAUCUGUGAAGUGCAAGCAGGAUUGUGGCGUGGUGUGUUGAUGCCUUCAACAAAGCUUCGAUAUAUGCCAGAUGCUGACCUUCUUGUAUCACAACGGCAAAGAUUUUAUGAUGAGCGGCUGUCUUCAAAAUGGGAGCGGAUGCCAUUGUCAAGCUUUCCUUGGCCUUCUCGUAUCACAGAGACUGAUUAUGAGCAUGUGCCAUUUGUUACAUUGAUGGAUGUUGUCACCCAUUCAGAGGUAACAGCUAAAUUCAAGUGUGUAGUUCGAGUUGCAGCAAUAGUUCCUUGGCGUGCAGAGGACUUCUGCUCUCCUCCUGGAACAUAUAGGACGAGGUUGACUCUGGAGGAUCCAACUGCCAGAAUCCAUGCUUUUGUGUAUGCUGAAGAUGGGGAGAAAUUUUUUGAGGGUUAUCCCCCAGUUGAUGUGUUGAAAAGGAAACGAAACAAAUUGCUGGGGAUAGCUGAAAGCGAUGACGGCAAUGAAAUCAAUAAUGCUCCCAGAAAUCCACCAUGGGUGCAGUGUUGCAUUAAGUCGUAUUACCUUGUAAAGGGUGAUGUUUGGGGCAGUAGGAGGUAUCGAAUCUUUGGCACCAGGCUGGUAACGUAAGAGUUUUAUGACCAUGGUUAGAUGUGUAGCUUACCUUUUUUCCUUCUCUUUUUGUUUUCCCCACAAUGUACAAAGCAGUUCCACUGCAUGUGUAAAUUUUGUCCAUGGACCCAAAAAAAAAAAAACAAUUUGUAGAAUGAUGAAUUUGUCAAAAGUGGUAGAAAUAGGUUUUGUUUGUUUGGUUCCAA